AUGAAUCAUGCUUCGAUAUCACCAGAUGGGAAGCUUCUCCUUGCUGUUGGAGAUAGACAUACAGCCUUCUUUUGCAAAAGAGUGCGGUUACCUAGCGCUCUAAGCGAUGGCGUAUCGUCCUACGCAAGCUAUGAGUGGCAUGAGAUUGCGGGGCUCAAAUUGAGCCUCGCAGAAUCGAAGGAUGCCUGCUUCUCUACUGCCUUCUCGCCAUCCGGUCAUAUUUGCGCCGUCGCUUCGCAGAAUGGUGUUAUCACGAUCUUCGAUACAGCCUUGAUUCACGAUGAUAUGGAUGCUGAGGAAGCGGUAAUCGAAUCCGAAGAUCAAGGCCAUGUAUGCGUGGUAGAUUUGCGCAACGCAUUCCAAUCGAGGCAAACUAUCGACCUACACACCGACUCCCCAGGUCUCAUUAGAGCGGAAAUAGAAGAGUACGACACUACAUCAGAGCAGCGGCAACUAGAGAUCGAACGCAGGUUUGUGGAAAGGCACAGGGAGGCCUUGGAAGCACAAGAUCAGCUCGCUGCUGUAAUACGUACGGCGAACAACGUGGAGCUUGGCGCUGAGCGAAGAAGAAUUGAACGUGACGCUGCAGCAGCACAAGCAUCGCGUGAGCGGCAAUUGAUUGACUCCAUUGGCCUGCGACGUCUACAAGAAAGUAAUUCCGUUUCUUCUGGCAACCUUCCAACCGCUCCUAUUAGAGUGAACUACAACCCAUCGUCUACCGGACGGACAGAAUCUCGUGAAUGGAGUGGCAUCCCCUCUCCUUCAUCUAAUCCUCAAACUCGUUCAUCAGCGAGCAUCCAUGAUUUCAUACGCCAACGGGAGAGAACUCGCUUGAAUGACCGCUCAUAUCAACCGCGCCGCCGCAGUUCAGUCGUCAUGUCCAACUCGAACUCGAGUUCUAAUACCUCAUCACCUCACACUUCGAGCCUUACACCUGAUACGGCCACUCCAACCCUCUCUGCUUCCCCUUCGCGCCUUUCUGCUAGCACAAGCGACGCAAUCGCCACCAAUACCCCCUUCAAUCCCACGGAUCCUUGGCAAACCAUCACUGAUGCGAUGUCGUCUGCCGACAUCCCGCCUGAUACACUGCGCAGCCUGCAAUCAAGAAAUCUGGAACGUCGUGUGCAAGCUACAGCGGUACAGCAAGCUACCCUUGACCGUCCAAACGACCUCAUGAUGGUCGAACAUGCAGAUGCGUUGGAGGCACGCGGUAAUCGUGCCAGAGAUAAUGUGCGAUCGUUGAGGCAGAUGAGAGCAGCCCACAGCAGAGCUGACGUCGUGUAUGAUGAGAUCGAUCGGGAGUUGCUGUUGAGAAGGUAUCAGAGAAGUCCUAGGCGGGAAGCGGGCCUCAUCACCAUGGGGAUCGGAUGGAGCGAAGACGGCCGCAAUUUGUAA